AUGAUGACGACAACCAUUCAGCCCUAUACACCACUAGAGUGGAGGAUUUGUACUAAGGCUUUCCAAGAUUUUGUUCGCCAAUAUGGCCCAACAGCAUUUUCCUUUGAUUUAAGACCAGCGGAUAUGCCGCAACACACUUUUCAUCUUGACAGUAUUCUAACGAUAGAAGGGGAUACUCUCAAAUUAAGAAUACGACCACACGACUAUAUGGACUGGGAGACCGUAUGCCCGUCCAUUACUGGUUUUACUAUGCCUCGGAAUCAAAAUUUUCUCCAAAUUUUCGAGACGACAUAUAACUUAUUCAGAUCAGAAUGGUCCGCACUGGGAGAGGAAGCUCUAAGGCUUCAUCAAGAGUAUAACAGUGCACGAGCACAGUUAGAACACGAAGCUUUUCGGGUACAACAAACCGCUAAUAUACAACUCCAGGAAUUACAGAACCAAUUGGCACAGAUGCAUCAAGAGGCUACCCUCACUUCAACGCAGCAGGCGCAACUGCAGCAGCAAGUACAAGACACGCAAGCGCAACUGGCUAACACGCAAACCCUAUUGGCUGCAUCUCAUGCACAACUAAACCAAACGCUGGAUGAAUUACGACAGUUGCAGAAUCAGCACGCGGCAACACAAGCGCAAUUAAAAUCGGCGCUGGAAAACUUAAAUGAAACGGAACAACCCACUUUUCCGGGUGAAACGAAGGAACCAAAGGUAUCACCACAGAAAGGGAGAAAUUUAUCAAGCUGGGCAUGGAAGCCUAAACCCGCGUUGUCGGAAAAUGAGGAACGCCCGAAGUUGGGUCUUCGGGGAAUGCAGGAAUGCCGCCAACCAACGUGGCUAGAGAGCAGCCGGCCUAUAGAGAAAAUCCGUACGUUUGACGGCUUAAUGGAAUUUUUGCUGGAUACAUCACCAGCUGAUGUUGUGACGGCUUAUCAGCAAAUUUUUCCCCGACCAGUUAAUCCUGGUCUAUUCUAUCAAGAUGCAUGGGAUAUGUUCGUACAAUGGUUGGACUCCCUUCGAAACGAGGGAAUUUCAGAACAGUUCGUCCAAGUGGGACGACAAAUAUAUACGCACCUCAGAAUAAUUCAGGCAGCAAGAGAUAACCCAGGCGUUAAGAUAACCGCACUACGAGAAGCUUACGAAGAGCCUUGGAAAAAAGACGAUCCAAUCGCGCAAGCCGUAAAUAAGGUAAAACGGAAACAGUCAGUACCACCGCCAAGUAAGGCACGGUGUUACAGAUGCGGUCGCAUGGACAUUACAGCACGUCGUGCCGUGUGA